AUGUUCACCAAACCAACGCAGCUCAGCCCUGAGACAACGAACAAAAUAGCCGUCGAACCUGUCAGGGUUAACAACAGAUCCAGAUCUGAGAACUUUAUCAACCCCUCGUUAGAAAUGACAAAUACGUUGCCUGUGUCUAGUGAUUUGAUUGACCUUCAUGACAAUCAAAGCUUGCCUCCUCCAGAACUAAACAUCAGCAACUCAUGUCCAGCUAAUCUUCCAAAUGUAAAAAGAGAACUCACAGACUCAGAAGCAAGAGCAUUGAUUAAAGAGAGACAAAAGAAAGACAACCACAACUUGAAUGAACGAAGAAGAUUUAAUAUUAACAAUCAUUUAAAAGAACUGAACACUUCGAUACCCAAAUCAAAUGACCCAAAUAUACGCUGGGAUAAGACAACGAUCCUAAAAACCUCAGUGGAUUACAUCCGUAAACUGCAAAGAGACCUGCAAUGCACAAAAGAGCUAGAAAACAACCUGAAGAAGCUAGAACAUGCCAACAACCACUUGCUGCUCAGAAUACAGAGACUUGAGAUGCUAGCUCAAGCAUAUAGACUGUUCCUUACUCCAUCUACAAACCUUUACUCCCCUGAUAUGAUCAACACAGUCAUCAAACAAGAGCCUGUACUGGACAACUACACCCAAAACAUGAUGCCACACCACACAAAUCUGUCCUGCACCACCACCCUCAACCUCACUGACAGCACCGUCACCUUCAGUGACAACCUCGGGAAUGUAACUGAACCAACUGGCACUUACAGUGUUCCUGUGAAAAUGAGAUCCAGACUGGAAGAUAUCUUACUGAACGAUUAA